CAGAGAACAAAUUUUAGUCAUUAUUAUUGUAUUCUUCGCUCUCCUGACUGAUUCUCUUUUACUCACUUUAGUAGAUCCCAUCUUACCAGAUAUGCUUGAUAAAACAAUCCAAGAUAAUUCAACUGAUAGUGUAUCACUUAUAAAUCAAAAUGGAAAAUAUGGUUUUCUAGUUGCUGCAAAAGGCGCCGCCCAGUUUGUGUCAAACCCUUUUGUCGGUGUAAUCGCUACAAGAUUCGGUUACAAGAGACCUUUACUAGUUGGAAGCAUUAUUCUGCUGGCGUCGACCACCGCCUUUGCAUUCGGUUCUAAUUAUGCUUUCCUGCUCGUCACUCGGUUAUUACAGGGUCUUUCCUCAGCCAUCACUGCAGUUUCCGGAAUGGGACUAUUGGCUUCCAACUUUUGUCAUCAAGAAGAAAGAGGUAAAGUGAUGGGAUUCGCGGUAUCUGCUAUAUCCGUUGGAAUUAUAGCAGGGCCUAUUUAUGGUAGUUUGCUCUAUCAGUUCUUAGGACAAGCUGCUCCUUUCCUGAUCCUUUCCGGAAUGAUUUUCUUAGAUAUUAUAUUACAGUUGAUUACCUUUUCAGUAGACAAAGGCUUGAAGGAUCACAAGUUUACGUCUCUAUGUCAGCUAAUGGUAGAUCCUUUGAUACUUGUAGUCGCUGGAAAUAUGUUCCUGUUAAAUUUAAAUGUUUCUAUGAUACUCGCCUUUCUACCGCUUCGUUUGAUAGAAUUAAGUAAUCCAGAGACAUGGAAGUUAGGUGUAGUUGUUCUCCCAGCUUCAAUAGGUUAUCUAAUCGCUGGUAUUCUAUUUCCGAGGAUAACAAAAUACGUUUCAAGGUGGAUGGGAGGCUUAUACGGUUUAAUUUUGAGUGCAAUAACACUUUUUAUUCUUGCCUUUCUUAAGUCUUUCAUUGGGAUGCUAAUUGAUACAACAGUUUUAGGAAUUGGAUUAGGUUGGAUAAGUACUUCGAUGCAACCCAUAUUUGCUUUGAUCGUCGAUACACGUCAUAAAAAGGUCUAUGGUAAUGUCUACGCUAUUUCUGAUAUGGCAGUAUGCCUGGCAAUGUUUCUAGGACCUAUGAUUGGCGGAACAGUACUAUUUGCUUUUGGUUUUGAAGUCCUAAUUUGCUCAAUUGCCAUUAUAGAUGUAUCGUUUUCCAUGUUGUCUUUUCUUCUGAAAAAUGUUGAUCAAAUGCAACCAAUCGCCGAUAUCGAUUCAGAUUCCGAGAAAGAGGCAAAUGAAAAACAGCCUCUCAUCAAGUUUUCUGACUCCACGAAAAGAUGGCGAAGGACGUCAUCUUCAUCACAGGUUGCUGAGACAAUAUCGUCUCAUCCUGUUCCAAGAUAUAUGGAUAAUUUGUCUGGUAUAGAAAGAUUAUUUGACGAAAUUGUAUGA